GCGCGGUCGCCGUCAGUCGUCACGGAGUGGAGCUGGUGCUUGUCAUCCGGCCGCCAUUAUCUCAUAUGAAUUCAUAAAAUCAAUUAAAGUUUUCGCUGUCGUUACGAGUUUGAGUGUCGUGUUUAGUAUAGGAUCGUGAAAGUUACGGGGAUUCGAUCGAUUUUACAAGUGUUUUAACACGCUGAAACAGUGAUCAGUGAUAUAGUUAGGUUACUGUGUUGAGUGUUAACGUUGUGUAGGGUGGCUCCGGUUAGGCCGGGGCGGCAGGACGCGAUCGGAGCGUAUGCAAAGGGAGCGGUGAGAGCGCGCCCGGCUCGGGAGUCGGGGCGGACGGCAGCCAGAGCACAGGAACAGCUGCCGACAUGGGUUGUACUCAGUCGGCCGAGGAGCGCGCGGCGGCUGCCCGAAGCCGACAGAUCGAGAGGGACUUGAAAGAGGAUGGCAUUCAAGCCUCUAAAGAUAUAAAGUUAUUGCUGCUAGGUGCUGGCGAGUCGGGAAAGAGUACUAUAGUUAAACAAAUGAAAAUCAUCCACGAGAGUGGCUUCACAAAUGAAGAUUUCAAACAGUAUCGGCCCGUGGUAUACAGCAACACGAUCCAGUCACUCGUAGCCAUAUUGCGCGCCAUGCCUAACCUGGGCAUCACCUAUGGGAAUAAGGAUCGAGAGAGCGACGGCAAGAUGGUAUUCGACGUCAUUCAACGGAUGGAAGACACGGAGCCGUUCAGCGAGGAACUGCUGGCGGCCAUGAAGAGGCUGUGGGCGGACGCCGGCGUGCAGGAGUGCUUCGGAAGAUCUAAUGAGUACCAGCUCAAUGACUCGGCUAAAUAUUUCCUCGAUGAUCUCGACCGGUUAGGUGCCAGAGACUAUCAGCCCACCGAGCAAGAUAUAUUAAGAACCAGAGUCAAAACCACCGGUAUCGUCGAAGUGCACUUCUCUUUCAAAAACCUCAAUUUCAAAUUGUUCGACGUGGGCGGACAGAGGUCGGAGAGAAAGAAAUGGAUUCAUUGCUUCGAAGAUGUGACCGCGAUCAUUUUCUGCGUCGCCAUGUCCGAGUAUGAUCAGGUCUUGCAUGAAGAUGAGACAACGAACCGUAUGCAAGAGAGUUUGAAACUGUUCGACUCGAUUUGCAACAACAAAUGGUUCACGGACACGAGCAUCAUUCUCUUCCUCAACAAGAAGGAUCUGUUUGAAGAGAAGAUCCGCAAGUCGCCGCUCACCAUUUGCUUCCCUGAGUACACGGGUGCGCAAGAGUACGGCGAAGCGGCGGCCUACAUCCAGGCGCAGUUCGAGGCCAAGAACAAGUCGACCACGAAGGAGAUCUACUGCCACAUGACGUGCGCCACCGACACCAACAACAUCCAGUUCGUGUUCGACGCCGUCACCGACGUCAUCAUCGCCAACAACCUGCGCGGCUGCGGCCUUUACUAACUGCCGCCGGCGAGACUAUCUCAACCUUUGUCUAUUCGUUAAUGUAAUACUUGCCGCGACGCCUCCGAGCGCCGACCGACCGCAGACCGACAGCCACCACGCCAGCAACACGCAAGUUGAAUAAAAAAUAUAUUCAAAAGUUACGUUUAUGAUGAUAAAAAAAAUUAAAUAAAUUUUCUAUUUGUCAAAAGGUUACGGACAAAAAAUAAAAGCAUUCGUCAUUUAAGAAUAUAUAACACCAUAAACUAAAAUAUAAUGUAAUAUUUGGAUAAAUUGGCCCCCGAGUAUUCGUCGUGGCGCGGUGUCAGCUGCGGAUAGCGAGCCGGGUCCGGCGCCGGCUGCGUCCGUACGUUCAGUUCGCGCCGGGCUCGGUCGCGGCGCUCGGAUGCGACGAGCGGACCAGUGAACGAUUUUUUCAUAAUAUUUAUCAUAGAAUGUAUUUUUGUGGUCGUACAGCAGUGUUACUCCCGCUCCCCGCUCCGGUACGGAGAGAUCCGAGCGCACAGUUACGCGUAUCAUUUAGUUUUACGAGCAGUAAGCUUCCUGGAUACCGCCGGCGUGCAGGCCCCGGGGGCGUCCCGGGCUCUCGAUGAGGUCGGUGCGCAACUAGACCCACUCUCUCCCACUUGUAUUAUAAAUCAUCGUUUAAAUGACAUUCGAAUUUCGAACUAAAAAACACGCAUCCCCGUUUUAGUUAUGUUGCAAUUUUAGCUAUCUAUUGUUCAAUUCUAAAUUUUGGUGCUAGGCGUUAAUCGGUAUGAAGUUGGUUGUGUACGCGGUCUAGUUGCGACGCCGGCGAUCGCUCCGGACACAUGUGCUUAUAUACUCACUCUCUUACGGACCAAAAACAGAAAGGAACCAAUAUUUAGCAAGAACGGUAGUGGUGCUCGACUACGUUCACAGGCCUACUUUAACUGUUACAAAAUAUCAUUCCAUUAUUAGGUAUCACUUACGAUGAAAAAUUUAUUUUUUAUAAACUUUUGAAUGCACAAACUGUUACCGGUUCGGAUUAAGGGGAUUCGUUUCGCGUGCAUCGCGUCUAACCGUAAGCUAAGAUUGUAUCCUCGGACGAGUCAAGUAUUGUUUAAGUUAAGCGACGUACUAUGCACAAACAAACUGUUUAUUCCUAUGAUAUAAUUAGUUUCUUAAUGCCAUAUACAAAUAUAUAUAUAUAAUUCUU